AGGCGCAGUUCAUCUCGAACGAGCCUACUGUCUGUGCACAAAACUGUCAAGUUUACAGUUGCUGACGCAAUAGAUCCCGUGAAGCGGUCCACCAAUCAAAUGAAAGCGCAGUCAUAAUCACCCGGAUGUACUCCUGAAGUACUUCCUCGUCAAUAUUUGCAUGGUAGUUGGUAUGUCUUGUAGCUAAACUGACAACACGUCGUUAAUAUAACAACUAUGCCGGGCCCAGACAAAGAAACAGACCUGACGGAGAGAAUCGAAGCGUUUCUGUCCUACCUGAAGCGUGGAGGGAGCGGGACGGGACCACAGCGGGGCUCGGCGGAGACAGCCCGAGAGACGACAGCCCUGCUCCGCAGAAUCACAGCCCAGGCUCGGUGGAGCAGCGCAGGCGAUCUGAUGGAAAUAAUCCGUAAAGAGGGGAGGAGAAUAACUGCCGCCCAGCCAUCAGAGACCACAGUUGGUAACAUGAUUAGACGGGUGUUGAAGAUCGUCAGAGAGGAAUAUGCCAGAUCUCGAGGCAGCAGUGAAGAGACGGACCAGCAGGAAUCUCUCCACAAGCUGCUGACCUCUGGAGGACUCAGUGAGGAGAACUUCAGACAGCAUUUCGCCACCCUCAAAGCAAACGUCAUCGAGGCCAUCAAUGAGUUGCUGACCGAGCUGGAGGGAACAACUGACAACAUUGCAAUGCAGGCCCUGGAGCACAUUCACUCUAAUGAGGUCAUCAUGACUAUUGGCCGCUCUCGCACCGUGGAGGCCUUCCUCAAAGACGCUGCACGCAAACGCAAGUUCCAUGUCAUCGUGGCAGAGUGCGCCCCCUUCUGCCAGGGACAUGAGAUGGCAACUAGUCUCUCAAAAGCCGGCAUCGAAACAACCGUGAUUGCAGACGCUGCCAUAUUUGCAGUAAUGUCUCGUGUAAAUAAGGUCAUCAUUGGUACACAGACAGUUCUAGCAAACGGAGGUCUGAGGGCUGUUAAUGGGACACACACUCUGGCUCUUGCAGCCAAGCACCACUCAACACCGCUGAUUGUUUGUGCUCCAAUGUUCAAGCUCUCACCUCAGUUCCCAAAUGAAGAGGAUACCUUCCAUAAGUUUGUCUCUCCACAUGAGGUGCUUCCUUUCACUGAAGGGGAGAUUCUCUCAAAGGUGAACGUGCACUGUCCAGUGUUUGACUAUGUCCCGCCUGAGCUCAUCACACUGUUCAUUUCUAACAUUGGAGGACAUGCACCGUCAUACAUUUACCGACUGAUGAGUGAACUUUACCACCCAGAAGACCACGAACUUUAACCGGUGUAUUUAACUAAUAAAUAAUAUAAUAAUUGA